AUGGGCGCGUCUUACGGCACGGCCAAGUCGGCCGGCGCCAUCUUCUCGUGCGGCGUGACGCGCCCGGACCGCAUGAUGCAGAACUCGCUGUGCGCCAUCAUGGCACAGAUCCUGUCCAUCUACGGCCUGGUCGCCUCCGUCAUAAUCACAAACGACCUCAAGGAAAAGAUGGCCCUGCACACGGGCUUCAUGAUGCUCGGGGCGGGUCUGUCCGUCGGGCUAUGCGGCCUGGCUGCGGGCUUUGCCAUUGGUAUCGUGGGGGACGCUGGAGUCCGAGCGAGCAACCUACAGCCACGCCUGUAUGUGGGCAUGGUACUGAUUCUCAUCUUUGCCGAGGUUUUGGGAUUGUACGGUGUCAUUGUGUCCAUCCUGAUGAUCUCAAAGUCCACCGGCGCCGGCGUUACAGACUGUGUUAACGGCCGGUAA